UUGGAUUCCACUCCUCGGAGCAGCAGAACAGAAGCAGAACUGGACCAGGAGCCUGCGCGCGUCUCUCGUCCCCACCACCACCCACAGCGAGGGCCUCUCCCGCCGGGCCUCCUCGCCGCCACCCUCCGCAAGGCACCACCGGCCCUUUCCUCCGUGCGCCGCCCGCCGCCGUGGCCCCGGCUUCCCGCGCCCGUGCCGUUCGCCCAAUGCCGGGCCACACCAUGCCCGGGAUCAGAGUUCUUGGCCCGGAGCUCGCUUUGAUUUUCUAAGAUUAGAGUAAGGAGGAUAAGAAAAAGGUUCUUGGUCUUGGGGCCGGAGAGGUUUUUGGGGGGCGGCGCGGAGAUCGUGCUCGCUUGCGUUGCGUGUUGCUGUCCCCUGCUUUGGUCGGGCUCGCCCCCGUGGAGAGAAAUUGGCGAAAAGUUUGAAAUUUGGAGCCGGGAGAUCGGGCCGGGCGAGAAUGGCUUCAAUGGCCGGGGCGCCGAGGGUCAGGUCCCUCAACAUCGCGGCGCCGGAGGCGGACGCGAGGCCGGUGCUGGUGCCGGGGGGCAACAAGGCCCCGGCCGCUGCGCGGAAGCCUUCUCCCAAGCCGCUGCGGAAGGCGCCGGAGGCCACGCCGGAGAAGCCUCUGCCCCCCGCCGCGACCAAGGGGGAUGGGGAUGGCGCAAAGAAGGACGCCGCGGCCGCCACUGCCGGCGGCGACGGCGGCGCGAGGCGGACCCCGCCGAGGAAGCCGCACAAUGCGCCGGCGGUGGUCCUCAACGCGUCCUGCUCCUCGGAGGCCUCCGUGGAGUCGCUCCGCGGCCGGGCCCCAGGCGGAAGGACGGAGAGGGGCUGGUCCCGGCCGGCCGCGCCCAAGCGUGGUAAGGCUGCUUAUAAGGUGGUGGAGAAGCAUGCCGAUGUCGCGGAGGUUGUCGCUCCGGUGACGCCGGAGGCCGUCCAAGGGAAGCGGAGGUGCGCCUGGGUGACUCCGACCACCGAUCCUCACUAUGUCACUUUCCAUGAUGAGGAAUGGGGGGUUCCAGUUCACGACGACAGGAGAUUAUUCGAGCUACUUGUAUUAUCUGGUGCAUUAGCAGAACUAUCAUGGCCUGAAAUUCUCAAGAAGAGACAAAUUUUCAGAGAAAUUUUCACGAACUUCGAUUUGAUUGCUGUCUCCAAUAUAAAUGAAAAGAAGCUGGUAGCGUCAGGAAGCAUUGCCAGGUCACUUUUGUCAGAGCAAAAGCUGCGAGCAGUCCUCGAAAAUGCUCGCCAGAUAGUUAAGAUUGCAGAUGAAUUUGGAUCCUUCAGUCAAUACUGCUGGGGUUUUCUGAACCACAAACCGAUAGUAAGCAAAAUCCGAUAUCCAAGGCAAGUCCCUGUCAAGAGCCCCAAGGCAGACAUGAUGAGCAAGGACAUGGUGCGAAGGGGACUCCGAGGCGUGGGCCCAACGGUCAUAUAUUCCUUCAUGCAGGCGGCAGGGCUAACCAAUGAUCACCUGGUCAGUUGCUUCCGUUUCAAAGAAUGCAAGCCGUCUCCAACCCUUGGCACGAGCGACGCCAACAGGGUGAAGACAGAGGCAGAACGAAAAACGGAGGAGCCGAGAACAAAAGCCCACGGGGAGGAGAUGACCGUAAACUCGGACCCGUCGAUGGCGAUCGACACGCUCACCAUUUCGUAGCGUUACGAGGAGCAGCGGCUUUGUGAGCCGGCAUUGUGUUCGUGUUACUUACCUCUGUAGAUUUUGUGCUAGGUUGCCCCUUGAAAUGAGUUUAGGGAUUGUGUAUAGAUCAUUUGUGUCAGCAAUGCGACUCGGUCUGUAAGUAUAUAUUACUACGGGGGCGAAGGAUCAUUAUCUUUUGUGAUGAUGCAGAAGUUGUGAAAACCUUCU